AUGGCGGUCUUGAGUGUUUUGAAUGUAUCCCCACUCACGCAGCUUCUUAUCCUGUUUGGCAUUUGGUGCGCAAUCGUGGGAUAUGUUGUCUGGCAGGUAGUUAGUCCCAUUGAUAGCCGGCGGCCACCGCCAGGGAAGGAAUGGAAGCUUCCACCUGGUCCUCCCGGGCGCCUACUAUUUGGAAAUCUCAAAGAGGUCCAAGGAGGUCGACAGAGUCUCGCCGAUUAUGGGGAGAUGACAACAGUUCGCCUAGGGUCUAGGCUGUGGGUGACACUGAACACCGGUCGUGUGGUGAAGGAGAUCUACAACCGCCGCAGUGCUGUUACAAACGAGCGCCCAGACCUGCCUAUGGUGGGUGGCUUGAUUAGUCGCGACAAUCGAUCAGUACUCUUGCCAAUUGCGGAAUGGACUGAACGGCGACGAGUUAUGCACCAAGUGCUCUCUGGCACAGCCAUGACAAAAUACGGUGAAUAUCAGGAGCAAGAGAGCUCCCAGCUCCUGGCAGAAUACUAUUACAACCCACACAAGUGGUACAGUCAUCACGCUCGCUACUCCAAUUCCGUCAUUCAUCGAAUCACUUUGGGCGAUCCGGUCCACACCAUGGAACAAAAGAUGCUUGAUCUCCUCCGGGUUCAGAAGGCCUUCAUCGUAAAUCUGCCUCCAUGGAAUAUAUGGGACAAUUUCCCGGCGCUGGCAAAGUUACCGAAAGUGUUCCAAUGGUGGCGCAAGCCAUUUGAGGUCAUUGGUAAGGAGACCUUUGAAGUCUACAGCGCCUACUGGAAGCCAUUCAGACAAAAGAUCGAGGCCGGGCAUGGCGCUCCCUCUUUCGCUCGGGAUGUGCUUACCGGAAAGGAGGCCAAGUACAGCGGGAGCGAUGAAGACGCCAUGUAUCUCGCCAUUCAACUGAUUGAAGCUGGAAGUGAUACCACUAGAUUGUCGCUCAACACUUUCAUCAUGGCGAUGAUCUGCCAUCCCGAGGUUGUGAAGAAGGCCAGACAGGAGAUCGAUCAGAUUUGCGGAGCGAAUGCUGAGCGUCUACCGACGUUUGCCGAUGAGCAACGCAUGCCUUACGUCUCUGCCAUGGUUAAAGAACUGAUGCGAUGGCGACCAAUUUUUGACUGGACGCCCGAGCAUGAGUGUUCAGUGGACCUUGAAUUCGAAGGGUACCUGUUCCCCAAGGGCACCAAUUUUGUCAUCAAUCACCACGCACUCUGUCUGAACUCAAGCGAAUACCCCGAACCAGAGCAGUUUAAGCCAGAGCGAUGGCUCGAUGGCCACGAAACAGACGUCUUGCAUGGACUUUGGGCAUUUGGUGGCGGAAGACGGGUGUGCGUCGGAUACCGUCUGGCACAGAAGUCAUUGUUCAUCAAUAUGUCUCGACUGUUGUACUGUUAUGACUUUGAAGCUGCUGGACGCAUUGAUUCGUACGAGCUCAACCACCAUCUGCAAACAGAACCGUUUCCUGUACGCCCAUCUAUUAGAAGUCAGAAGCAUGCCGAACUUGUCCUGAGGAGUGCCGAAGAAUGGGAUGUCCUCAAGCACGCAAAGGUUGUAGUAAAGGCGCAAUGA